AUUGCUCCACCGACAUAUCCUUGGCGUCAAAACUCGCAUUACAAUGGUCUGCGAAAAAUGUUGGUUCAUCUGCUUUUUUAUUCAUACUCAUAUCUAUCGUCUAGGUGAGAAGAAGUUGGGCCGGAUUGCCACACCCGAUCCAUGGAAGGCCGGUGCCCGCAAUGUGGUCAAGGGAGGCCGCAAGUUGAAUGAAAACAAACUCCUGAGUGGCUCAAAGAGUCGCUUUAAUCCCUACACAAAGUCCUUUCGAAAGUGUCGGAUCUGCGCACAGAGCGUGCAUCAGCCCGCCUGUCAUUACUGUCAGGCCUGUGCCUUUAAGAAGGGCAUUUGUGCCAUGUGUGGUGUCAGACUGGUCAAUACCACUAGCUAUAACCAGAGUUCUGUCUAA